CCUGCAAAGUUUUCUUUGCCAAGGACCCUCUGAAGAUAGUGCGUGCUCAGGGCCAAUAUAUGUUUGAUGAGAAAGGAGAAAAAUACUUAGACUGUAUCAACAACGUUGCACAUGUUGGCCACAGUCAUCCAGACGUGAUAAAGGCUGCAACAAAACAGAUGGAACUGCUCAAUACAAAUUCCAGGUUCCUGCAUGACAACCUUGUUCAGUAUGCACAGCGUCUUACAGCCACCCUGCCCGAGAAACUCUCUGUUUGCUAUUUUGUUAACUCCGGGUCUGAAGCAAAUGAUCUUGCUUUACGACUGGCUCGGCAGUACCAUGGGCACCAAGAUGUGAUCACCCUUGAAAAUGCUUACCAUGGCCAUGUUACAUCUCUGAUUGACAUCAGUCCCUAUAAAUUUAAUCAGCUGGGAAAGGACAGCAAGAAGGAGUUUGUGCAUGUGGCUCCUUCUCCAGAUAUCUACAGAGGGAAAUACAGGGAAGACCACCCAGAUCCAGCAAGUGCUUAUGCUGAAGAGGUGAAAAAGAUUAUUGAAGAAACACAGAAGAAUGGACGCAAGAUUGCUGCUUUCAUAGCCGAAUCCAUGCAGAGCUGUGGAGGCCAAGUAAUUCCACCUGUGGGCUAUUUCCAGAAAGUGGCAGAGUACGUGCGUGCGGCAGGUGGAGUGUUCAUAGCUGAUGAGGUCCAGGUUGGCUUUGGCAGAGUUGGGAAGCAUUUUUGGGCAUUCCAGCUGCAAGGUGAAGACUUUGUGCCUGACAUUGUCACCAUGGGAAAGCCCAUUGGCAAUGGCCACCCUAUGUCUUGUGUGGUCACAACAAGGGAAAUCGCUGAAAGUUUUGGUGCCUCUGGACUGGAGUAUUUCAAUACAUUUGGAGGCAAUCCAGUGUCUUGUGCUAUUGGUUUGGCUGUGCUGGACGUAAUAGAAAAAGAAGAUCUCCAAGGAAAUGCUACACGUGUAGGAAAUUAUCUCCUGGAGUUGCUGGCUGAGCAAAAGGGGAAACAUCCUUUAGUGGGAGAUAUCAGGGGUGUUGGAUUGUUUGUUGGAGUGGAUCUGGUGAAAGACCAACAAAAGCGAACACCAGCCACAGCUGAAGCCCUUCACCUUAUUUACAAGCUGAAAGAGCGUCAAAUCCUUCUUAGUGCAGAUGGACCCCACAGAAAUAUACUAAAAUUUAAACCACCGAUGUGUUUCACAACCGAAGAUGCAAAACAUGUAGUGGAGACAAUUGAUGCACUUCUCACAGAAAUGGAAGAGGCAACUGGGAUGAAGACAGAAAAUAAUGCAUCUACAAAUGCUCAGUGUAAAAGAAAAACAACUGAAGGGAGUUCUCAACCAGAAGGUGCAAAUGAAAGCAUCGGCCAUAUGAAUGGAGCUGCCUGCAGACAAGAGAAUGGGCUUUAUUCUAAAAAGCGCUCAGUGCCAAGUAAAAGAAUAAGAACAUGAAGAGGGAAAGUUUCUUCAUUCAGUUUGAAUUUGUGUCCGACUUGGUUUUGAGAUGAAAAGUGCAAUAGUCAGAGUCCUACGAUCUGUUUGAAGUCUAGUCCUACCUUCCAUAAACCAGCUGAAUUCCUGUUAGCUUCAGUAGGAGUUUAAAAUACCUUUCCAGAUACAUGAGAACUGCACCAUGUGGCUUGAAAUCUAGAUGUGACAGAACGGACAAGUGAUACACAAAUACCUUGUUGCUAACGGCAGGUUUGACAUAGGUACACAAACUCAGUGAAGUCUGUGGAUUUACCCAUAUUACACAGAAUCUUAAUUGCUUAACUACCAUACAAGAAAAUGC